AUGGUACGCUCUUUACGGAAGUGUCUGAAUGACUACCUGGCAGAGCGCCAGAUUCGCCGAACCCGUCUGGUGACCAAAGAUGGCCACUGCAAUAUUGAAUAUGGAAACAUUAAAUAUCAAAACCAUUUUUCCUACAUUCUCGACUUCUGGACAACGCUUGUGGAGAUCCGUUGGCGUUUCGUUAUCUUCUUCUUUGUGGCCUCUUUCACAAUGAGCUGGUUCAUCUUUGGUCUGAUAUGGUACUGGAUUGCUCGAGACAAUGGAGAUUUGUACUGGCAGGAACAACCAGAGAAGCACACACCAUGUGUGGAUAACGUCUUUGGUCUGACCACAGCCUUCCUCUACUCGCUUGAGACCCAAACGACCAUAGGGUACGGAGGACGUGCCAUCACUCCACGGUGUGCAGGAGCUGUUGCCUUAAUCAUCAUUCAGUCCCUUAUAGGUGCUCUUAUCAACUGCUUCUGGUGUGGUGUUGUCAUGACUAAGAUCUCCCUUCCCAAGAAGAGGGCCAAAACUAUUAGCUUCAGUGAAGCAGCUGUCAUUUGUCCUAGGAAUGGUACACUAUGUCUUCAAUUCCGUGUGGCUAAUCUCAGGAAGACCCUCAUGAUCGGAAGCCAGAUCUAUGGCAAGUUGCUGCGUACAACCAUAACGCCUGAAGGUGAAGCCAUUAUUAUGGACCAGGUCAACAUUGAUUUCUUGGUUGAGUCUGGAAAGGACAACCUGUUUUUUAUCUGUCCCCUGACUCUGUAUCAUGUCAUUGACAAGUCCAGCCCAUUCUUUGAGAUGGCAGUGGACACCCUGCAUCAGCAGGAGUUUGAGCUGGUCGUCUUCUUGGACGGAACAGCAGAGUCUACAAGCUCCUCUUGCCAGGUCAGGACUUCAUACAUCCCACAGGAGAUCAUGUGGGGCUACAAAUUCCAAUCCAUCAUCUCCCGUAGCAAAGAAGGGAAGUACCGUGUGGACUUCUCCAACUUUUCCAAGGUGGUACCCGUGCCAACUGCUCACUGUGCUUACUGCUUUCACAAUGUGAAAGGCCAUCAUCAUCAUGCGAGGAAUGGAACUGACAACCAGGGAUUUGAAGUCAUAGACAUCUAUGACGCAGCCCCUGCCACCAAGAUGUAAACUUCAUUGAUGGUCUAGAUGGUUAUUAUUAACAGUAACUGCAGACUAUGCCUCUGUGUCACGAUGUAAUGUGUCUAAUGGAGUUGUGUCAAUUGCUAUGAGCUAUUGGACUAAUGUAUGCCUUACUUCUGAAAAACCACACAAUUGUUUAACACCUACCACACAAGAAAAAAUAUCCAUUGUCAUUCCAAAGAAUACAAGGGCUACACUUUUACAAAACUGGAGAUCCAAAGAACAAUUAGGCUUUCAUUUUUUUUUCCUUUUUUAAUACUGAUGCAAUACGUUUUUAUAUGUCUGAAUUUCCAGCCGCGCUGGUUUUAACACGGUCUUCCGAAAAUCAACUGUUUCUUACUUGGCAAUUCAAUAUUAGGAGUGUUUUUCAAGAAAAUGAACCAAGUACUACAAAAUUACGAACGCAAUGAACUUUGACAGGUUUUCUACUUUCAACUCUUUGUAAA